AUGAGCUCCCCGCCGCCCGCCCGCAAGGGCUUUUACCGCCAGGAGGUGACCAAGACGGUGUGGGAGGUGCGCGUCGUGUACCAGGACCUGCAGCCUGUGGGCUCGGGCGCCUAUGGCGCCGUGUGCUCGGCCGUGGACAGCCGCACCGGCGCCAGAGUGGCCAUCAAGAAGCUGUAUCGGCCCUUCCAGUCCGAGCUGUUCGCUAAGCGCGCCUACCGCGAGCUGCGACUCCUGAAGCACAUGCACCACGAGAACGUGAUUGGGCUGCUUGACGUGUUUACUCCCGACGAGACCCUGGAUGACUUCACAGACUUUUACCUGGUGAUGCCGUUCAUGGGCGCUGACCUGGGCAAGCUCAUGAAGCACGACAAGCUGAGUGAGGACCGCGUCCAGUUCCUUGUGUACCAGAUGCUGAAAGGGCUCAAGUACAUCCAUGGUGCUGGCAUCAUCCACAGGGACCUGAAGCCCAGCAACCUGGCGGUGAAUGAAGACUGCGAGCUGAAGAUCCUGGACUUUGGCCUGGCCAGGCAGGCGGACAGCGAGAUGACCGGGUACGUGGUGACCCGGUGGUACCGAGCACCGGAAGUCAUCCUGAACUGGAGACACUACACGCAGACGGUCGACGUUUGGUCGGUGGGCUGCAUCAUGGCCGAGAUGAUCUCGGGGAAGACGCUGUUUAAGGGCAAUGACCACCUGGAUCAGCUGAAAGAGAUCCUGAAGGUGACGGGGACGCCCCCGGCCGAAUUUGUGCAGGGGCUGCAGAGUACCGAUGCCAAGAACUACAUGAAAGGCCUUCCUGAACUGGAGAAGAAGGACUUUGCAUCCAUCCUGACCAACGCCAGUCCCCUGGCUGUGAACCUCCUGGAGAAGAUGCUGGUGCUGGACGCGGAGCAGCGGGUGACAGCGGCCGAGGCGCUGGCCCACCCCUACUUUGAGGCCCUGCACGAGGCGGAAGAUGAGCCCAAGGCCCAGAAGUACGACAACUCCUUUGAUGACGUGAAGCGCACUCUGGACGAGUGGAAGCGUGUCACCUAUAAAGAGGUGCUCAGCUUCAAGCCUCCCCAGCAGCUGGGGUCCAGGGACCUGAGCGGGGGUUUAGGACCCAACCUGGGGCUCCAUUCCCGCCAUCAGAGUCCCCAGGCCAAGAAGUUCUUGGGGAGGGAGGGGGACACGCUAGACGCCCUCAGGCUCCUCUGGGCCAGGCCCAGCGGGACCGGAGCCCACGCGUGGGCCCCUCAGGCAGCCCUCGCGCCUCUCCACCUGAUCCCACGAGCAACUCGGCUGGACGGAGAAGGUGCCGAACACGAGCUCUGCCGCGCCUCCGGGACAAGCCCCGCCCCGCCGCUCCACAGCGGCCCCGCCCCCUUCCCCGCCCCCGAGAUAUCCAAGACGGCCAAUGAGAACUCUCGAGGCGGGCGGAGGGUGGGCGCCGGCGGGGGUGUCGGGACCUUUCUAGAGCCCGUGCCGGCCCUGGCGCUGAGGGACGGAGUUCUGCAUUCGUCCCACCGUGGGAUCAUCCUUGCGCAGCUAGCACUGACCGGAGAAACGGGACUAGGGGGCAUAAGGGUCAAUCAGGGGUCAGGGCACCCAGUGGGGCAGGCGGUACAGUCCCGCCCCAAGACCCGUGCCUCCGGGCCUCCGCCCCCAGAGAUGUACUCACGGGACCCCCGCUCGCAGAAACACACUGCCUGUGACUACCUAGGGCUCAACCCACGGAGACCGCGCCUAGCUCCCCUGCUUCCAAGGCCCCGAAUCCAGAGGGCCAUUCCCAGGACCCCGCCUCCAUAG